GUUCCAUCAAUGUAGCUGUACAUUAUUUUUCACUGCGCACAAAAAUGUUAAAAUAAUUCAAACACAGCUGGAUUUUAACCUGCUUCAUUAACCUACCCGUUCUAGAAGCACUGAUAGCCGCCGCAAGAAAAAUCAGGCGUAGAUAGAAAUCAAGAGAAGUACUGUCGUAUUCUUUCUGCCCAUAAACAACCACCUCUUUUGUUUUUGAUUUACCACAGAACACAAGAUAAUCUGUUGAGCUCCCAUGGCUUGCUCUCCUCUCUCUCCAAGCUCUUUUCUCUUUGUCGACAAGAAAGAUGUUGGCUUUUCAGCUGUUCAUUCACAGGCGGCCUUGCUCCCCUUUCCGCCUCUGGGUUCUAAGAGACGCCCCUCCAAGAAAAUAGUUUCUGUGAUGGCACCCCAGCAAUCGGAGCGUAGGCCGUCAACAACCGGCGCUGUGAAGACUGGAAUGACCAUGACUGAAAAGAUACUUGCAAGGGCUUCCGAGAAAACCCAGUUAAGUCCUGGUGAGAAUGUAUGGGUCAAUGUGGAUGUUUUGAUGACUCACGAUGUCUGUGGCCCAGGUGCCAUUGGGAUCUUCAAGAGAGAGUUUGGAGAAGAUGCAAAGGUCUGGGACCGUGAAAAGGUUGUAAUAAUUCCAGAUCACUAUAUAUUCACUGCUGAUGAAAGAGCAAAUCGCAAUGUCGACAUCCUGAGGGAUUUCUGUAAUGAUCAAAAUAUUAAGUACUUCUAUGACAUUAAAGAUCUUGGGAACUUCAAGGCCAAUCCAGAUUACAAAGGUGUGUGCCAUGUGGCUCUUGCACAAGAAGGUCAUUGCAGACCUGGAGAGGUCUUGCUGGGUACCGACUCUCAUACUUGUACAGCAGGAGCAUUUGGCCAGUUUUCAACUGGAAUAGGAAAUACUGAUGCAGGCUUUGUGCUUGGUACUGGAAAGCUUUUGCUUAAGGUUCCUCCUACUCUGAGGUUUGUUAUGGAUGGGGAAAUGCCUGAUUAUUUGCUCGCAAAAGAUUUGAUUUUGCAAAUUAUUGGUGAAAUAUCAGUGGCUGGUGCAACAUAUAAAGCAAUGGAGUUUGUCGGCUCCACUGUUGAAAGCUUAACAAUGGAGGAGAGGAUGACAUUGUGCAACAUGGUUGUUGAAGCUGGUGGAAAAAAUGAGUACAGAUUUGAUGUCUCAAAAUUGGAACCGUUGGUGGCAAAGCCUCAUUCUCCCGAUAAUCGUGCUUUAGCCAGAGAAUGCAAAGAUGUGAAAAUCGACAGAGUAUAUAUUGGUUCUUGUACUGGUGGAAAAACCGAAGACUUCAUGGCGGCAGCCAAAGUCUUUCUAGCUUCGGGGAAAAAAGUCAAAGUGCCGACAUUCCUUGUUCCUGCAACACAGAAGGUGUGGAUGGACGUAUAUAGCCUUCCAGUCCCAGGAUCUGGCGGGAAAACAUGCUCACAGAUAUUUGAAGAAGCUGGUUGUGAUACGCCUACAAGCCCCAGUUGUGGUGCUUGUUUAGGAGGACCAAAAGACACGUAUGCACGCAUGAAUGAACCUAAGGCAAGUUUUAAGCUGUUUCUCGAAUUGACCUUAGAUGAAAGUUUGCAUAUCAUAUUAUACAUGUUACUACUCGUAUUGUGCAAAAAAGUUGAUGAGAAGAACAAAACUGAUGUUUCAAGAUUUAUAGAGAAAGUCUGUGUUUCAACGACUAAUAGAAAUUUCCCAGGGCGUAUGGGGCACAAAGAAGGGCAGAUAUAUUUAGCUUCUCCUUACACAGCUGCAGCAUCUGCACUCACGGGCUUUGUGACUGACCCCAGAGAGUUUUUGCAGUAAGUUCACUAGGUUGUGAUCGCUUGAGGCUACUGCUACUACUUGUCGAGUCAUCCUGGAGUUGAAGCCACCCUUUGUUUUAUGAAGUCCACCAAUUUGGAUAUCUGUGUUGUGAUAAAUUACGAAUGCUUUGAACUUGUAUCGAACUUACGAAACAUAAAUUUGGAUAUUUGAGUCUUGUGUUAGCAUGUUGUAAUGAUGCUUUGAUAUCAGAAUAAAAAGUAUUUCCAGCAGACUUGAUAACACCAUCUUGAACACCAUGUGUUCCCCAUGUUUAUAUGAAAGUUAGAGUGGCUUUUUUUUUUUUAGAAAUUUUUAGUGAAAUCUUUAGAAAUUUAAGCAUAAAGGUGAGAUUUCGCGGUGAAUUUUGUAUAUGUAUAUGAGAGUACUCCAUUAGCAUCAUAA